ACUCGUUGUUUACCUUCCUGUGCCAAUUUGACAUUACGUUGAGGGCCACAGCUAUCCAUUAUAUCAUUUAGCGAUAUUAUACACUCAUUAAUGUAAUGCGUUGUCAAAUCUCCUGUUUUGUGCGACUCAUACUCCGUAUUAUAGCCGAACAUAGUUAAUAUUUAGGUGUUGUUAAGGCCACGGUAGUGUUAAAGGUAGUUGACAGCCUCGAAUACCUGGUAGUUAGCGAAAUUACUCCAAAGAGUGAAGUGAUUUAUAGGGUGUUUACUUAAUGAAAAAAUAUAGUUAAUAUGGACGUUUUUAGAAUUAGCUUAACGUAAAUUGAGUCUGAUUUUCAUGCCUGUAUACCAGGCUACCCAGUGUUAGGCUUGACCUGGAAUACCCUCAGGCGGGUUGUUACAAACUUGGGGUUAGGUAGACUACGCAAGAAGGAAGGCAUAGUUUAUCAUGUUUUAUUUACGAGAUCAGAAGAGAUUCAAGAAAAUGCAUUAGUUAGUCUUGAAUAGGUUAGGGCUUAACUUUCACACAGGUUAGGCCAGGUUACUUAAACUUGUGUUAAGUCUCUUAUAUAGGCCAAAACUAAAGGCCUUACCAGAUAGGUUAGGUGAGUGUAAAGUAUCUACUUCAGUUACAUUAAAAAUGCAUAGUGGCAGUGCCACUGAUACGCAAGAAAAAUUAUACAAAAUGUUGGAAAAGCUACAGUCUAUGGCUCGUGAGAUUCCAACGAAGUUUCAGCAGCGAUUGCCAUAUGAUUUACUUUCGUCAUUGGCCCAUGUAUUACUCGACAACACCGUGUUUGAGAUUGUGCGAGAACUUGUAGAACUUCAAUAUAUGACCGAAAAGAGUUUACACCAACAACGUAUGCAUAUGCUUCACAAGCAUCGAGUUGAGAGAGAGAAUUUGAUUAAAAAGCAGAGAGAAGAGAUAUUAGCAGCGGAACGGCAAGGUAAAGCACAUGUUGCAUCGCGCCUACCUCGUUUACAUAAAGAGCAGCUCACAGAAUUAGAAGCAAGACAUUCAAAAGAUAUUUCAGGCUGUCAUGGGCGGAUACAGCAGCUUUUAGACCAAAAGGUAAUAGAGCAACAGUCAACUCUACAACAAGUUGGGGUCCCAGGAUUUCAUGAAACUGACAAUCCAAUAGAAAUUAAAGUUCAGAUGUAUAUUAUGAACUUUAUAGUUAAACUUGGUGGAAUUAAAGUACCACCAAACAAAUGAUUUUAUGGUGUACUCAGAUAAAAAAUUGCUCAAGCGAUUUAACCAGAUUCAUAAGAAAUUUUCUCCUGAUAAUUUUAAGUUGAAAGGUAUUUAAUAGUUUAAUUUAUUGCUGUUAUGUCCUAAUGUUGUUUAAUAUUUAUUUUCCUAACUAGUUUAGAGAUGCAAUUCUGCUUUUGGAUCUGUUAACAUUGCAGCCGGAAAGUGACACAUGAAAAAUAGAAGUCUUGUAAUGUGAGAGUUUAUGAGGGACUAAAGUUUGGACUUAGUGUAGGAUUAUUGUACUACUUAAAAUGCAGUAUACUGUAUGCUGUACUUGUGUACGUAUAUUGUUAAUUGUCUUGAAUAUUUGUGGUGUGCAAAUUUGCACCCCAUAGGAAGCAUUGCCUUUAAUGUGCAUAGGCAGCUAAAUGCAGUUAGUGCUGAGUGUCCUUUGCAAUAUAAUUUUGACCUCCGGCUGCUGUGUUGCUCUAAGGCUUUUACUAGUCAUCCAUUCCCUCAGAUCUUUCCUCCUUGGCUGCCGAUUUCAACUUUGUCGUGCCCCCAGUUUUUGUAAACGAGGUUUUAAAUUUUGAGUCACUGGUGUGACAGUGCUACUUAUUUAUAAUGCUGAUAUGGGGGAAAUGCAGAAAGAAAGAAGUUGCGUUAUGAAGUAAUGGUGACACUGAAGCUGAUCGAUAGUACUAUAUGUAAGAUAUGAAGUGAAAAGUACAUAAAAGUUACUUUAGCCAGGGAUCUGUAAUGCAUUUGCAAAUGUGGACUAUUUAUAUAAAUCUUUGUACAUAAGUGAUAAGAUACUUUGUGCUUCCUAUUAGAUAUUUACAGUGAAGAAACUCAUGAUGUAUUUUGUAAUACAUGUAUGAUGUUCUGGAGAUUUUGAGAACAGGUUUUGUUGCUUUUAGUGACCUGAAGUUUAUGAAAGCAUAAAUCUGAAGCUGAAGUUUAACAAACCAGAUAGUAAUAGAAACAAAUUUUGUUUUAUUAUGAGAUAUUAUGGAAAUUUCUGAAAAAUAGUACAUUUGUUUGCAAUACCAUUGUAAGCAAUAAAAAAAACCUUUUCCCUCCAAGCCUAAUGAUAGGUUAAAAGGAAUAGCUGCAAAGCAUGAAAGUACAAGUGAAUAAAAAUUCUUUUGUUAUACUGU